AUGGCGAGAUUUGGCAUGAGACACGUCCUCGCGUUGCUUUUGUUCCUCGGAAUGGCCAUUGCCUACGCACUGAGGGUCUGCAUGUCGGUGGCGAUCGUCGCCAUGAAAAAUCCAAACCCCAUCAAUCCGAGCGUACCCACGUACCAGUGGAGCUCUCGCGUCAGCAGCACCAUCCUCAGCUCCUUCUUCUGGGGCUACGUCGCGGCCCAGCUGCCCAGCGGUCACUACGCCAGCACCCGGAGUCCCUGCAAGCUGCUGGCCUCGGGCAUGCUGCUCUGCUCCCUUCUCACGGCUCUGCUGCCUCUGGCCGCCUCGCGCGGCGGCGUACCCUCGAUCGUCCUCCUGCGGCUCUGCACCGGCCUCGGUCAGGGCUGUCUGUUCCCCUGCGCUCAGGCGCUGCUCGCCCGAUGGUCGCCCGCCGCCGAGCGAGGCCGCCUCGGCGCCUUCGUGAUGAACGGGCCGCCCUUCGGCGUGGUGGUGUCGAUGCCGAUCGCCGCCGCCCUGGCGCACAACACUCGGCACGGCUGGCCGGCCAUAUUUUACUUCUUCGCGGGCCUCGGUGUCGUUUGGUCGGCGGCGUUCUACUGGAUCUGCUCGGAUCGGCCGAGAGUUGAUCGCAAAGAAGACGAUCCCAUCGUUUCGGCUGGUGCGAUGCGUGAUUCGAUCGAAAGAUCGCCGAGGAAGGACAAGGAAGUGCCGUGGCGAGCGAUCUCGACGUCGCUGCCGGCUUGGUCGAUACUCGUCGCCCACUGCGGCUACAAUUGGGGCAAUUACACGCUGCUCACGGAGAUGCCGAGCUACAUGAAGUACGCCUUGAACUUUGACGUGGCCCAAAGCGGCUUCGUCUCGACUCUGCCCUACCUACUCAUGUGGCUGCUCGGCUUUCCGGUUGGCUACCUCUCGGACCUAUCCAUCAAACGUCGCUGCUCGAUCGAGCUCGCCCGCAAGGUCUGCAACAGUCUCGGCCUCUGGUUGCCGGCCCUGGGUAUGCUCGCGUUGUGCCACGUGCCCCACGGUGUCGAUAACAACAACGACGAUUCGCAGCUGCUGCUGGUGGCCAUCCUGACGCUGACCGUCGGCUGCCAGGCUGCGGUCAGCGCCGGCUUCUUCAUCAAUCACAUCGAUCUCAGCCCGAACUACGCCGGGGCCAUCAUGUCCUGGACGAAUUUCGUCGCCAACGUAUGCGGCAUACUCGCCCCGCUCGCCUGCGGCUUCGUCGUCACGGACGAGAGAGACGUAACGCAGUGGCACGUAGUCUUCUACAUCACCGCGGCUGUCUACAUCGCCAGCAACGCGUUCUACAUUGUCUUUGGAAAAGCCGAGAUUCAGUCUUGGAAUAAUCCCAGCCGCGUCGACGACACCGAGCUCAAGUCGUAUACGUUCGAGCGAGAUGUAUAAUUUCGGAGUCAGUCCGCUCG